GUGACGAUGAGUUCAUUUGAUAUUGUUGUCACUUUUAACCCGUGUCCUUUAACAGUUACUUUUCAGCUUUCAAAUUACUUCGAGCAGACACUGCAGUGACGUAACAACCUCAGGCAAAAUGCUAUUUGUCUGUACCUUGUACCUUGGCCCAAGGGUGCCACCAUGAUAUUUAGCAUGUACUUUAACUAAGGUGGUCCGGGAAUAGUCCAUACACUAUUCAUACACUUGCAACUUGUCGCGGCUUCAUUCUCGCAUAAUAUCAACACAAAAACAAGUGUGUUUCGCUGAGUCGUAUGGCGCCCUUUUGACAUCGAACAUUUGUGACCCUAAGUGUGUUAGUGCAAUUCACAAAUUUCGACAUUUGGAAGAUCGGCUUGACAAAAGUUGCAGAUAAGGGCUAAUGAAUAGAUUCCACCGCCUUACCGAGUUAUGUUGGCAAUGCGGGCCGCUGAAAUCUUGACAAUACGCUAAGCUAGGAUUAGCUGACGCUCACUGUAAUAAAUACUAUGUAGGUAUUCGAUCCUAUUUACUUCUUGUCACACUAGAAACGCAGCACAUAUACUGUACAUAGAUUAAUGCGGCUCAAGGGGUGAUUUUCUGUUGAGAAAGCGGAAGGAGAUCUUCUGGUACGAUUUUUAUAAGACGCGUGAGACGUGACCAUCAUGAGGCUUGCUAUGGGCUGCCUGUGGCAGGUAGCGGCACUAUUGCUGAGCGUUCUGCAAGUCAACGGAAGAAUAGAAAGUGUAGACUUGCUCAAAGCUUUCAGCGUUAACGACAACCUCAAAGGUGUUUUAAGCACUAAAGGAGUACCGGGAGAGAAUGGACGAGCAUUCGAGAUAACAAGGAGUGUGGCCCUGCUUAAUAAGAACUCUGAAUUCGUUGACAAGCUCUCUGUGAGUGCCGCCGAGCUUGGCCGGUUUACACUGACAGCGAAUAUUCAAUUGGGCAAGUCAACAUACGGGACUUUGUUCUCAAUACAACCAAAAGGAGAAGGUCGGGUUAUAUUCGCGCUAGUGUUUAGCUGCUAUAGCUCAUGUCGACUUGGCUUGUACUACCCCGAAGGCGAAGACACUAAACGAACGUUCUUCCAUCGAAUCAUCGAUAUAUCGGACGGUUCCUGGCACAAGAUGGCCCUCCAUAUCGAUACCAACAACAAGGGUGAGCACUUGGUAGAGCUUUAUAUGGACUGCAAGUUCACGGGGAGAAAGAAGAUACCGGUUGGCUUGAAGGAGUUGCUUCCCAAGAGUAAGGGAAACAAGGAGUAUCAGUUCCACUUGGCACAGAGGAGUUUUUACAACAUGGUGUACGUUCCUUGGAGGGGAAGCUUACAAAAUGUGUUUCUGAUAUUCGGUAGUCGGCUGAGACGCUUUGCAGACCCCGACACAUGUUUUCAGAAAUCUGUGUCAGAGAUUUUAUCACAAGUCUCAACUAAACAACCAUCAACUGAAAGGCCAAAACCAAGGACAGAAAAGCCAAGGCCAAUAACCCAACCACCGACAACACAACGUCCGAGGCCUAAAACUCGGCGACCAGAACCGAGGACAGAGCUGCCACAGCCGAGGACAUAUCGACCAGAGACGAGAACAUAUCGACCAGAUCCAAGGACAUAUCGACCAGAUCCGAAAACGUAUCAACCAUGGCCACAAAGAACAGAGUCUCCGGAAGACAAAUAUCUUAAAACAUCUUCGCAUGGUGGCGGAGAUUCACCGUCGACAUUUGAAUCUUUCAAUCCAGAAGGCAAGGAGCUCUCGGCAACACUUGUACCGGUGCUAAAGACCUUAGCCAUGCCUGAACUGAAGACAGAAGACGAUAAGUUGGACUACCUCAUUCAGCUCAUCCGGGACAUGCGACGAGAGCAGCAGGAGAGAGAGUCGAUGCUCUGGAAGAAGAUUGAGAUACUGAAGAUUGAUAUGAAUAGCCAGUCCAACGCGUUCCAUUACGUCCGCACGUUCCUUGAGAAAGGAGGAGCAUGUCGUGCGGGCUCACUUCCCGCUAGUAAACCCAUCAUCGCCGUCGGGGUCAGCGGCGACCCUGUCAAUGGAAACAACCCAAGUCCUGUGAUAGCGAACGGCGGAGGCAGCCCUCAGAAAUGCGCCCAAAAGCCGUGCUUCCCUUACGUGAAAUGCACUGAGACGCCCGGUCAGGGCCUCGGGUUUCGAUGUGGGCCUUGCCCUCCCGGAUUCUCUGGAAAUGGUAUUCGGUGUACUGAUGUGAACGAGUGUGAUCUCUUCCCAUGUUCUUCUCUCACCACUUGUACAAACCUCAAGCCCGGCUAUAGAUGCUCCGAGUGUCCUAGAGGUUUCCAUGGCAACGCAACUCUUGGACUUGGGACGGAGUUUGCCAAGAAACACAAACAGGUCUGCAAGGAUAUUGACGAAUGCAGCGAUGGUAAAAACGGCGGUUGCUCAAUCUACUCAGAAUGUAUUAACACUCCGGGCAGUUUCCGUUGCGGGCCGUGCAGGCCUGGCUACCAAGGUGACCCAUAUAGAGAAUGCACGCCUAUUCUUUUCUGCUCUGGGGGACCAAAGUCUAAUCCCUGUGGCAAGAAAGCAACUUGUAUUCCGAGAAACAAAGGAAAAAGCUACGAUUGCGAGUGCGAUCCGGGAUACGCUGGUGAUGGCAAGGUGUGCGGUAUUGAUAGCGACAUGGACGGGUUUCCGGACAACCAGCUCUCGUGUAAAGGACCAAAUUGCCAGCGUGAUAACUGCAGAUACCGCCCUAACACAGGACAAGAGGACAAUGAUGGUGAUGGGAUUGGAGACGCCUGUGAAUAUGACGCCGAUGGGGACGGUCUUCCAAACGAUGUGAACUUACAGCCCAUAGACACGAGACUCAGCACGUCUGGUACCAGCCGCCGGUUGAAUGACAGGGACAACUGUCCACGUGUACCAAACCCGGAUCAAGCCAACUCCGACUCGGACCAGAUCGGGGACGCGUGCGACAAUUGCCCAACCAUCAGUAACCCCGAUCAGAAGGAUACAGAUGGAGACGGGAUGGGCGACCUGUGUGACGUCGACAUCGACGGCGAUGGAAUUAUCAACGUAUUGGACAACUGUCCCUUGGUGUCUAACAGAGACCAGAAAAACACGGAUGGGGACCCACUAGGCGAUGCCUGCGACAACUGCAUCAACGCCAGAAACCCUACACAGGCCGACCGUGAUGGUGACGGCAUUGGUGAUGCUUGUGACUACAACGAAGACACGGACCGUGACGGCAUAGACGAUAGGCAUGAUAACUGCCCAGGGAAACCAAACAGCGCACAACUAGACACGGACGGGGACGGCAAAGGUGAUGCGUGCGAUGAUGAUGAUGACAACGAUGGCAUUCCCGAUUACCGCGACAACUGCCGGCUCGUACCAAACAGUGACCAAAGGGAUACGGACCUGGACGGCAUCGGUGAUGCUUGCCAGGGUGACCAAGACAAUGACGGUGUACCAGACGUGAAUGACACGUGUCCCUUUAACCCGAAGAUUCACAAGACAGACUUUAGCCAGUACAAAAACAUCAAGUUGGACCCCCUCAGCACAAAGCAAGACCAACCACAAUGGCGGGCAAGCCAACGGGGUGAUGAGGUUUUCCAAAUUCUGAACAGCAAUGUUGGACUCCUCGUUGCUGACCAAGUGUACGAAGACGUUGAGUACAAAGGCACCAUGUUCGUCAACACAAACCACGACGACGACAUCAUUGGAUUCGCUUUUGGGUACCAGGAUUACAGCACAUUCUUCCUGGUUUCCUGGAAAAAGAAGGAGCAGGUCUACUGGGACGUAAAACCAUUCAGAGCGACAGCCGAAACUCACAUCACCCUUAAGAAAAUAAAAUCAACUACAGGCCCAUCGAAAGCCCUAAGAAAUGCUCUAUGGCACAGUGGAGAUACAACACAACAGACUAAGGUUCUAUGGAAGAGUAAAAAUCAAAGAGGCUGGAGACAUCGAGUUGCUUAUAGAUGGGAAAUCACUUACACCCCUUCUAAUGGAUAUUUAAGAGUUCGCAUGUGGGAUGGAAGGCACGUUAUCAUGGACACUGGUCGGUUACGGGACCUGGAUAUCCGGGGUGGGAGGCUAGGGAUGUUCAGCUUUUCACAAGAGAGUAUUGUUUGGAGUGCUUUGUCUGUGCACUGUUUAGGUGAGUCCCAGACACAAAGUGUCAAGCAAUAUAUGUCACAAAACCCAUGUUAUGCAACACAUGUCACAUAACCCAUGUUAUGCAACAUAUGUCACACAACCCAUGUCAUGCAACACACAUGUCAUGCAACAACAAAGUCUUUUGUGUAGGUUGUUCUAGUUGAGGUUUAGACACAGGACUUUUUGACUUGCAUAGAUCAAAGGAUCCCCCUCCCAAAUGCACUGUAGCUUAAGAUCCUCUGCCUCCCCAAAGAAUGGUACCUUAAAGAUCCCCCUGCUCCACAAAGAACUUGUACGGAAAAGUCCUUCCCACCCCUCCCCCAAAAGCACUUGCACCUUAAAACCCCCUAAACCCUCCUUCUAGAUUUGCUACUGAAUUUUUUUAGAAUAAAACGAUUCUGAACAAAGAAGAUUAAAAAGGGAUAUGACCAAUACUUGAUCCUCCCACCACCAUCUAUGGUACCCCUAUGAUAACCUGUGAGGUUAAUUUAUCAACAUUCCACAUUCAUUUGCCAC